AUGGCGUUGAAAAGAAUAUUCUCGAUCCAUACUCAGUCUCGAACCCUCAUACACUUCCACUAUGUGUCCAGAAAGCCCCUUGGCCCUUGUUUCCCAUCUGCACGGCUAAACAGUUGGCGAGGCACAGGUACCGAAGAUGAGAGUACAAACCGCCUAAAGAAGGGAGAUGUCACGGACCCUCAAACUGAGGCCACCAAGUCAGGCCGCAAGGAGAAAGGAGAGAAGGAUAGGGCUGAUGAUAAGGCCGAAAGCCAAGCCAUAACAGAGAGGGAUCAGAAGGGAUCCACACGAAAAACAGAAGAAGAAUUUCCCAAGGCACCAAAACCGGUCAUCGGAAUGACGGACGAGCGGGGCGAGGUCAGUAAUAAUAGGAUACAUAUUCCUGCUUCAAUGUUCACUGAGGGUGGGUGGCUGAUAUUUUCAUUUGUGAGUGGCGCAGAAGGGUGCUUAAGCAUGGUUCACCGGGAACAUGAAGAAAGUUCAGAGAUAUGCCUAAUCUAG